AUGGAUGAAAUAGAAUACAAGUUAAAAACGAAAAAUAAUGUAUUAAUAGUAAAUGCUAUCGAUAAGUUAAUUUCUAUCAUAAAAUCGAAGUAUAAGCCGGCUGAAAGGCAGAGAUUCGUUUUAGAGAAUGAAGAACUCAAAUUCUUACGAGAAAAAUGCAUGUCAGAAAAUACUUUUGUCAGUCUUACUGCAUACCAAGGCCUUUUGGCUUUAGUAGAGCUAGGAGUUCUUGAGAUUGGACACACUAUGUCCACCGUCAUAACCUUACUUCCAAGUGCUCAAAAUUACUCUGCAACUAUAUCGACAAUGGCAGGGCUCUUAGUUUUGGACCUUCGCUCACGUCUUAUACCAGGGCAGCCUUAUAAAUGCCAGUUUUCACUUAAGUCUCCACAGCAUCCUCUUAUUUCAGUGUUAGAGAAGAAUAAGGAUGCAGAAGAUGAUGUCUUAGCGCAAAUGCAUGCAUUAUGUACACACCCAGAUUACAAGUAA